AUGACUCAAUCGAGCAUACUACGAUUGGACGGCGAGCUUCGCGAUAUAGCUGAAAAAUUGGACAGGAUUUUGUCUGAUCAAGACAGCAUUUCAGCUAACAUCGAAUGUGAUCCCAAACUUCAAUUUUUGGAUGUACCAAGCGCAAAUGAGACUUCCACCGACAUUCAGGCUCUACGAGCACAAGAGACGCUGCUGAGCGACCAGCUGGUUGUGUGUCGUGAAUUGAGUGUAGUUUCAGAUCUUCUGGAAGAGGCUAAAAUGAACCUGCAAUUGUGUGAACUGGAAAACUGCUUUUACUCAUUGCAGAACAUACGUAGGAAAUUGACCGUAAUCGAUUUCAAAAUACUGCCGAUGCGGUUUGAGCAAGAUUUAAAACUGCAUCUGGACGAAAUGCAUGCCCAUUUAGUGUCCCGCUGUGACGACAUCAUGCACGGGUUUUGGAAGAUUGAUGACUGUGGCAUCACAUUUGUGGAAUCGACAAUCGUUGGGACAGAUCGAGUCGAAUUCAAUUACAGCUACUUCCGUCAGUUUUUGAAAACGUGCUUCUUUCCAAACGGCAGUUUUGAGCCUACAAUCUGGUUUGUGUCGUCGCUCAGUAUGAGCGACACCAAGGAAGCAAUUACCACAGGACUGUCUACCCUUUUCACACAAUACAUCGAACUUGAAGUAGUGCAGGAAAAACUGAAGAGCCUGUUAUUUUCGGAAAACGUGUUUUUGGAGCUCAAAAGCGAAUCCACACUGGAAGUCACAACCAAAAAAUGCAGCCUAGACGAAAUCCUGUGCAAAUAUACUGCGCUUGUUCUAUUUUUGCUACGAGCGGUGACCAGCGAUGACCAAAAUACCAUUCUGUCCCGCUUGGGGAAUACAAUUGCCGUUGAAGUUUUGAAAUUCUUCAAACAAAAUUCCACUGUGCUACUUUCGCCAGGUAGCAAGCAGAAGGAACAGUUAAUCAGGCUUAAUGAUGACCUCAAGCUCUUGUCAGAUAGCACAAAAGGAGUUUGGGUAUACAAUGGUACAGAGCUGGAUGCUCUGCUCAAUGAUGACUCUGUGAUUAACAAUCUCAAACUGGACAAACUGCUACAAUCACAAAUCGUCAAGAUCAGAGAGGUCUUCAGGACCUCAAGCUGGUCGAAAACUUUUGUAAUCAAACUCCCGACGCAGGAAACGCCAUCGGUUAAUAAUGACGUGCCCGCUAGCAAUACGGAUGAUAAUUCAGAAGAUGAGUGGGACUGGGGGAACGAGGUUGACAUUCCCGAUACGCACGACGACGAAGAAAAGGACGGGUGGGGAGACGAGAUAGAUUUCUCUGAGGACACUAAACAAGAGCCAAUUGGUACUAGGAAGCCGGACGUGUCUCACAAAAUGGUAUCUGAGAAUGACGAAUGGCAAACCAACUGGGAUGAGACUGAGCCCAUUGGGAAAGAAGACUCUAAUGUCAGGAAAUUGACAGGACUUCCAGCUCUAUGUCUUGAGAUCUUAGAGAACUUUGAAACCGGAUGUGACGAGAUUGGGAGAGAGAAGAUUCAGAUGACCUUAGACUAUAAGAGAAAUUUGUUACUAACAUCUUUCAUGGCAAUGUGUGUUUGUAAAUGCAAGGACUGGUGGCAAUUACAUCACGAUAUUGAGUACGUUGUGACAAAAUUUCCAGACCAACGAAAGAUAUUUCGACUUAUUGAACUCGACUCGCAUUUUGUCCAGACGCAUGUGGACAAUAUGAAAAAAACGAUAUUAGCACUAAUCCAGCAGCAGUUUCGAAAUUUCCAAACAAAUGAGAAGACUCCAAAUUGGGGUAUUACCGUCGAGUCUUUGUUACCUUAUUUAGAGAAUGUGGCAUUUCCAGCAAUCAUCAAAUUGAAAGAUCUACGAGUUUUGAGUAGUUUUGUGGAAUACGUCUACGCGGACUGUUUUGUCGCGCAACUAAUGUCCUGGCGCAUGAUCUCGGAGAAAAACUCCGAAAACCUCGAGGAAAUGAUCAAAUUGCUGCUUGCAAGCACAAAUCAUCCUGCCUUGCAAACAGACGAGCGGUGCAAACAAUCCCGCGAAAAACUCGCAGUUAUUGGUGACGUACUCACUGCUCAUCUUACAGACAUUAUGGACAUGUUUUCCAGCGGCGAUUUUUACCUAUUUUCCACUGAUGAGAUUGUUCAGUGGAUAAUUUUACUGUUCGCCGAUACGGGAUUGAGACGCGAGUGUCUUGAUGAGAUACGAACAAUACGCCAGGAGCAGCAAGAAGAUGAGUAG